GUGUGUGGGUGUGGGUGUGGGGCAGAGUAUAAAAUCAGAUCAGGAAGAAACACACACAGACACACUGAACACCACACAGGGAGAGGAUCCACCUCUGAUGUUACCCACUGAUAAUCUACAGGGACAAGGACAAGCACAUGCAGAAAGACACAACCCUUGAACUCCUGCAGUUUUCGGAGCAGCAGUGGAACCGCUUUGCUCCGGAGGGCCACAUCUUGCACAGCUCUGAUUUUCCAGGGAUGAAGGACGACUUGCUGGCACACUUUCAAGAUGAGUCACUGAACCUGAUGAAAAUCCUCUCUGAUUGUCUGCGAGAGGAAAAGAGAAUCCUGGCUUCUGCUUCUCCACAACAGACGAUGCUUCUGGAGAUAGUGAACGUUUUAGAACAGGCGGAGCAGACGGUGGCAGCUCUCACUGAGGUCCAGCUGCCUGAGUGGAAGAGCCGACACCAGUUGUCCUGCAUUGGAAGCCCGGUGGACACCAGUCUGGACCACCUCCAGGAGAGGUUCACCGCUGUGGCAGAGCUGCUACUAGAGGUUCGCAAGCAGCUGCACAACCACAACAAGAAGUACCAGGGCAGUGAUGCCUCCGGCCUCCUGGGAGCACACGAGCAGCUCACACAGUCACUGCUCACUUCACUUCUUGCAAACGCUCUAGUGGUGGAGAAACAACUUCUGAUUGUCAAGACUGGAGUAAACUUCUCAGCGACAGUUCGGUUCUUGGUAAACCUCCCUGAAUUCAAGGACCGGCUCAAAGUCAAAGCUGUUUUUGACAAGGACGUUGAAGAAAUCUUGAAAAUCAAUGGGAUGCGUCAGUUUCGUUUCCUCAGUGAGGUCAGUAAGGUUUUGGAUGUGGACGAAACUGCUGGAGCCUUGAGGGCAGAAUUUGCUGACAUGGAAAUCGAGGAAAUCAAGAAAAGCAGAGGAAAACGUAAGGGUGGAGUGGUAGUGACGGAGGAACUCCACAUCGUUAAGUUUGUGACCGAGUUGCAGUUCGAUGGACUCUGGUGCAACAUCGAGAUCAGCUCUCUGCCAGUGGUGGUCGUCUCCAGCACCAAUCAGAUUCCCGCUGCCUGGGCCUCGGUCCUGUGGUGCAGUGUGCUGUCCAGCAUCGAACCGAGGAACCUGUUGUUGUUCGUGAAGCCCCCCCCCAUCGCCUGGCAGCAGCUGGCCCAGGUUCUGAGCUGGCAGUUCUUGUCCGUCGGCCAAAGAGGACUCGAUGAAAACCAGCUCUCUCUGCUCCGGGACAGAAUCGUGGAUGAUCCUGAAGGUCUCGUUCAUUGGGAACAAUUCAAGAAUGAAAGUACCUGGAUCUGGGGAAUCCUGGAUUUGAUCAAGACACACCUGGCCGGUCUUUGGCGUGACGGGCGCAUCAUGGGCUUCGUGAGCAGGGGGAGAACCGAUGAGCUGCUGAGGGAAAAGCCGAGCGGCACCUUCCUGCUCCGCUUCAGCGAGAGCAACAAAAAAGGAGCCGUCACGUUCAGCUGGGUGGAGCACGCCAACGCUGAGGCCCAAAUGCACGCGGUAGCUCCCUACACCAAGGACGAUCUGUCCAAAAUGUCCAUGCAAGACUUUCUUAACCUCUACAGUCUGAAAGAGGAGGGGAACACGACCAGGAAUCCGCUGCUCUAUCUCUACCCAGACAUCCCCAGAGCCGCUGCCUUCGGACCUGACUGCAGCACUGAAAAGUUUGUCCCUAAGAACAAAGACGGAUAUAUUGGGAGAACACUCGUCCCCACCUCACUCUUUCUUACACCACCUUCAUCUCCGCAGCUGCACAUGGAAGUCGACCCAGACACCAGUGCAGAGGACCAUCAGCGGGCUGAGGAACUCUUUGAUCAUCGACUAGAUGUUCCUGGAUCUCCUGUGUGGUCUCCUCCAGCUGCUCCGUGGACUGAGAUCACCUUCUAUGAUCCUUGUUUACACUUCUGAAAAGGGGGAGGAGUCCAGAGGCCAAAAGUUAUCGUUACUACACAAAGAAUUUACUCAUCAAUAUCAAGAAGUGGAGCUGUAAAUAUAGAUUGAUUCUACUCGUACAAUGACCAAAGUGUGAAGUACCUAGGGUUGCAAAAUUCCGGGAAUAUUCAAAGUUGGAAACUUUCCAUGGUAAUUAACGGUAAUAUACGGAAAUAUAUGGGAAUUAACGGGAAUAAACUGGAAAUUGUGUGGGUAAUUUAUACUAACUGUAUUUACCUCUUCAUAUACAGACAUAAAUAUAAAUGUUUUGUUUUAUCAUAGGCGGAUUUUAGCCCUGAUGAAACUUUGGGCACUUGACUAUCUGCUUCUUAACAAAAUUCCCGAGCUCAAUAUUCCCAUGGAAAGUUUCCGGAAAUUUACCGGAAAGUUUCCAGCAUUUUAAUGUUUAUAUACAUACAAAAGUAAAUGCUGAUGACUUUAUUAACUGGGCGGCUUAAAGAUCUUGGUAAAUGGUAAAUGUAUAUAACACCCAAUGAUACGAUGCUGGCUAAUGUAUUUUAUUAUGUUGAAUAUUUGCACCAACUUGGGGCGGUGUGGCCUAGGUGGUAGAGUGGUGGUUCUUCAACAAGAAGGUUGCCGGUUCAAAUCCCACUCUUCCCCAUCUGCAUGCAGAAGUGUCCUUGGCAAGAUACUGAACCCCUCAAUGGCUCCUCAUAAAUGUUGAGUGUAAUGAUUGUCGGAUUUGGACAAAAGCAUCAGCCAAAUGACAUGUAAUGUAACUUUCCAUAUCUCUCAGGUUAAUGAAGCUGUUGAGCAAAAGAUGAUGAUGCUGUACUGCUGACGUUUAUUAAAAUAAAUAUUUGAGCAUUUCCAUUAAAAAAAAA